AGCUGUUUUGUUACUGUUUUAAGUUUAUGGACGGGCCAUCUGAAAUAUUGAAUCUUAAGUAGCUUCCCCUGUCCCAAAAUGUACACUUUCGAGGCUUAGACGUUCAUGAAGGUUGAUGUCAAAAAGUUUUUGUGUUCCAUCCCCUCGUCACUGGGCUUUUCUUCUCUAAUUCACCAACAAUACUAGUCUUCUGUUUGUUUUAAGUUGUGGAAUAUUACUUUAAAUUUUGGACUCUAUCUGCUUACUCUGUUAAUCUGUUUUCAUCAAAAUGGAUAUCUUCAGACAAUAGUAUUUGUCUAAUAAAUAACCUUUUUUUCAUUAUAGUACUCGAAUUACGCUGACAUGAUCCAUAUAGCAUCGUCAGCAGGAAUUUUUAAGGCAUGUCUCACUGGAUCAUGUUGCUAUUUCCAGAAAGUAUAGAGGCAGUGGCGAGCAGCUUAUCUGAUCAAUUCAUCAUUUACCUCUGAAGACAAAGAUGAAUUUCGGUUUGGUCUCACCAUCAUAUGUGAUCCCAUCCCCAUGUUCCACGGGUUUACAGAGCACAGAUGAGAGACUACCAAUAUCCAAAAAUGUGGGACGGGUAGGACGGCUUGGUUGUUUCUCUACGCAAGAUCAGCUUCAAGUAUUGAAUUGUGAUGACAGAAAGGUCGGGCUCUCUCCUCAUUUGGUAAUUGGACCGUUACAAGAAUCAAGCAUGGUAAAGAAGCAUUUAGAGGGUGAGGCAAAUCUGAAGUUCAAAGUUGUGAGGACAUUAUUGAUUGACAAUUAUGAUAGUUAUACUUACAAUGUCUACCACGAAUUGUCUGUCAUAAAUGGAGUACCUCCAGUGGUGGUGCGUAAUGAUGAGUGGACCUGGGAGUAUAUUCAGCAUCAGUUAUAUGAAGAGAAGGCUUUUGAUAAUAUUGUCAUAUCACCCGGCCCUGGAUCACCGGCAUGUCCUGCAGAUAUAGGAAUAUGUCUGAGGCUGCUGCUUGAGUGCAAGGAUAUUCCGAUUUUGGGUGUUUGCCUUGGUCACCAGGCUUUAGGAUAUGUGAAUGGUGCUCGAGUUGUCCAUGCGCCUGAACCAGUCCAUGGACGUUUGAGUGAAAUUGAGCACAUUGGAUGUAGUCUUUUCAAUGGCAUUCCUUCUGGCAGAAAUUCUGGAUUCAAGGUUGUGCGAUAUCAUUCCCUAGUAAUAGAUGCUGAUUCACUUCCAGAUGAACUCAUUCCUAUUGCUUGGACCUCUUCUAGGGACACACUUUCUUUUGUUGAGGCCCAGGAGUCUAAUGUUACUCCCAAUGCUUUUGGGAGUCAGGCUGAUCAACAUAUCUCUGUUGAUUAUUUUUCAAAAAAUAUAAAGACAUUAUGCUCUUGGGCUUCCAAGAAUUCCAGAGGAAUGGAGAACAAAAAAGUCAUUAUGGGCAUUAUGCACUUGGCCAGGCCUCAUUAUGGUGUACAGUUUCAUCCUGAGAGUGUCGCUACCUCUUGUGGAAGGCAAAUAUUUGAGAACUUCAAGAAGAUAACGAAAGAUUACUGGUUGAGGUCAUCCCCAAUUAAUGAAAGAAAGGUGUCUCAUGAAAGUCAACUGUUCAGAAAAAUGCCUAAUGGUGACCUGAUAGCAAAUAAAGCAAAUGGAAGGAAUCCUUUCACUAUGUACAAUACGGUAAUGCUUGCACAUGAAAGGAUCGGAGCUAGAUUCUUGAAAUUGAAGUGGAAGAAACUUAAUGGUCUGGCUAGUCAAGUUGGUGGCACCAGAAAUAUAUUCUGCCAACUGUUUGGAAAUCAGAAGGCAGAAAACACAUUUUGGUUAGACAGUUCUUCAAUAGAACAGGGUAGAGCACGCUUUUCAUUUAUGGGAGGCAAAGGUGGACCUUUAUGGAAGCAAGUGACAUUUAAGCUGUCGGAUCAAAGUGAUACAACUGUUAAAUGUGGAGGUAAUCUAUUGAUUGAGGAUGCCCAAGGUUCAUUGGGAAGCACAUAUUUAAAAGAUGGUUUCCUUGAUUUUUUGGACAAGGAACUCCAAUCAUUUCACUGUGAGAAAGAAGAUUAUGAAGAAUUACCGUUUGACUUUUGUGGUGGAUAUAUUGGAUUCAUCGGGUAUAACCUUAAAGUUGAGUGUGGUGUAACAUCUAACCGUCACAAAUCAAGCACACCUGAUGCAUGUUUCUUCUUCGUCGACAACUUUAUAGUAACCGAUCAUCUCUAUGAUGACGUGUAUGUUUUGUCUCUACAUGAUAUCUGUCAGCCUGAAGGUUCUACAAAACAACUGGAAAGCUGCAGCACGUUAUCAUGGUUGGAGGAUACAGAGAAAAAGCUUCUAGACUUAAAAGUUUCUGCUACAGGAAGGUUCAAGAAGCAGACAUCACAGCAUGUGAUGUUGGACCCACAUAAUGCAGGCUUCCUUGCUGAGAAAUCUAGAGAUCAGUACAUCAAAGAUGUUGAGAAGUGUUUGGAGUUCAUCAAAGAUGGAGAAAGCUAUGAGCUAUGCCUCACAACUCAGAUGAGAAAGAGAAUUGAGGGCAUAGAUUGCUUGGAGCUAUACCUUAAUUUACGAGAAAAAAAUCCAGCCCCUUAUGCUGCCUGGCUAAACUUUGCUUCUGAAAGUCUAUGCAUCUGCUGUUCUUCACCAGAGAGGUUCCUACGUCUGGAUAGAAAUGGCUUUCUGGAAGCGAAACCCAUUAAGGGAACCAUUGCCCGUGGUACAGCUCUAGAGGAAGAUAUGAUGCUCAAGCUGCGACUCCAAAACAGCGAAAAGGAUCAAGCCGAAAAUCUAAUGAUAGUUGAUCUGCUAAGGAAUGACCUGGCUCGUGUCUGUGAACCUGGAUCAGUGCAUGUCCCUCUUCUGAUGGAUGUGGAAUCGUAUGCUACUGUUCACACUAUGGUGAGUACAAUCAGAGGAAAGAAGCAAGCAAAUUUGAGCUCAGUUGACUGUGUUAGAGCAGCAUUCCCGGGAGGUUCAAUGACUGGUGCACCUAAGUUAAGAUCAAUGGAACUUAUUGAUGCUCUUGAAAAUUCUUCUAGAGGCAUCUACUCGGGCUCUAUAGGAUUCUUCUCUUGUAAUCAAACAUUUGAUCUGAAUAUCGUGAUCAGAACAGUUGUCUUGCAUGAAGGUGAAGCUUCUAUAGGAGCUGGAGGGGCCAUUGUUGCUCUGUCAAACCCUGAAGACGAGUAUGAAGAAAUGAUUUUGAAAACGCAGGCCCCAGUGAGAACCAUGGCUGAAUAUCAAAACAGAUUACAGUCUAACCAAAGUUAAAAUCAGAAAGGAAUUUUAUUAUUGGAAAAAGUUUCCCACACAGCCAAUGUACUAUACGCCUUCUAAGUUUUAACAUGGGUUUUUUAUUUUUAUUUUCUUUCCUCCCUUGACAUGUGGGCCCCAUGUAGAUGAUGUUCUUCCCUGUGCCACCAUUGUUGUGGUGUGGGAGACUUCCCCUCCACUGGUAGCAUGGGGAACCCUCUUCCUUCUAUUAUUUAUUUAUUUAUUG